AUGAAGCCCAACCCCACAGGCCUCUCCCCGGAGAUCUGCAGAGCUUCAGGCCAGACACCACAGCAGAAGACUGAAGCCAAACCCACGCAGGCCCCCAGGCAGAAGGUUCUGGUGACGGGAGGAGGAGGCUACCUGGGCUUUAGUCUGGGGUCCAGCCUGGCCCAGAGUGGCACCUCUGUCAUCCUGCUCGACCUCCGCAGACCCCAGUGGGAACUGUCCCCAGGGAUGGAGUUCAUCCAGGCUGAUGUCCGAGAUGAAGAAGCUCUGUUCCACGCCCUGGAAGGGGUAGGCUGUGUCUUCCAUGUGGCCUCCUAUGGGAUGUCUGGUGCUGAGAAGCUGCAAAAGGAGCAGAUUGAGUCUAUCAACGUCGGAGGCACAAAGCGAGUGAUCGAUGCCUGUGUCCACCGGCGGGUUCCAAGGCUCGUCUACACCAGCACUGUCAAUGUGGCGUUUGGCGGGAAGCCCAUAGAGCAGGGUGACGAGGACUCUGUGCCAUACUUCCCGCUGGACAAGCACAUGGACCACUACUCCCGAACCAAAGCCAUCGCAGACCAGCUGACCCUGAUGGCGAACGGGACCCCUCUCCCGGGAGGAGGAACUCUUCGCACCUGUGUCCUCCGGCCGCCAGGGAUUUAUGGCCCUGAAGAGCAGAAACACCUGCCCCGCAUUGCGAGCCACAUCAAGAAGAGGCUGUUCAUGUUCCGGUUCGGGGACCGCGGGAUGAGGAUGAACUGGGUCCACGUGCGUAAUCUCGUGAAGGCACACGUGCUGGCGGCGGAGGCCCUCACCGCAGCCAAGGGCUACGUGGCCAGUGGGCAGGCCUACUACAUCAACGAUGGGGAGAGCGUCAACCUCUUUGAGUGGAUGACCCCGCUGUUUGAGAAGCUGGGGCACAGCCAGCCCUGGGUCCAGGUACCUACUUCAUGGGUUUAUGUGACAGCCGCAGUGAUGGAAUUCCUGCACCUGGCCCUGAGGCCCUUCGGCAGUCUGCCCCUGCUGCUCACGCGCAGUGAGGUGCAGUCCGUGGCCGUGACGCACACCUUCCGGAUCGCCAAGGCCCGUGCUCAGCUUGGCUACGCGCCGGACAAGUUCAGCUUCGCCGACUCUGUGGAGCGAUACAUGCAGUCCGCGAGCCGGCAGCCGCGGGCCUCCGCGGCGCGGACACUCCUGCGGCUGCUGCUCGGGCUCCUGCUGCUGCUCGGCCUGCUCGGCCUGGCCCUGCACGUACUAGGCUUGCAGCCUCUGCAGGAGGCCGCGCAGAGCCUCUGA